AGUUGACCUGAUUAGGGUAUAUGCCAUUAGAUGCCGGAGAUUAUUCUUGUUGAUUAUUGUUAAUUAUUUCAACUGAUUUAGGCAGCUCACUGUUAUAUAUUAUCGCCAUUCUUCAUCAAAUCCAGCACCCAUCCUUCAACUCAUUCUCUCCUCCAUCGAUCAUCUCCUUCCAGUGGCACGUAAAUUCGGUAUAUUGGAAGAGAGGGAAGUGAAAAAAUUGAGGUGCAAUGGCUAGAGAGCAAUUACAAGUGCUUAACGCACUCGAUGUCGCCAAAACCCAACUCUACCAUUUCACGGCAAUUGUGGUCGCCGGAAUGGGGUUUUUCACCGACGCCUACGAUCUCUUCAGCAUCUCCCUCAUCGCCAAGCUGCUCGGCCGCAUCUACUACACGGUGCCCGGCGCCCUGAAACCCGGCACGCUCCCCCCGACCGUCUCCUCCUCCGUCACCGGCGUCGCCCUCGUCGGCACCCUCUCCGGCCAGCUCUUCUUCGGCUGGCUCGGCGACAAGAUGGGCCGGAAGAAGGUCUACGGGAUGACCCUCCUGAUCAUGAUCGUCUGCUCCAUCGCCUCCGGCCUCUCCUUCGGGAACUCCCCGAAGGGCGUCAUGACCACCCUCUGCUUCUUCCGCUUCUGGCUCGGCUUCGGCAUCGGCGGCGACUACCCGCUCUCCGCCACCAUCAUGGCGGAGUACGCCAACAAGAAGACCCGGGGCGCCUUCGUGGCGGCCGUCUUCGCCAUGCAGGGCUUCGGGAUCCUCUUCGGCGGGAUCAUCUCCCUCAUCGUGUCGGCCGCGUUCGACCACGCGUACAAGUCCCCGACGUACGAGCAGGACGCCGCCGCCUCCACCCCGCCGCAGGCGGACUACGUGUGGCGCAUCAUCCUGAUGUUCGGCGCCCUCCCGGCGGCCCUGACCUUCUACUGGCGGAUGAAGAUGCCGGAGACGGCCCGCUACACCGCCCUCGUCGCGAAGAACGCGAAGCAGGCGGCGCAGGACAUGGGGCGAGUGCUCAACGUGGAGCUGGAGGUGGAGGAGGAGAAGGUGGAGCGGCAGCAGAAGGGCAACAACUUCGGCUUGCUAUCGAAGGAAUUCGUGAAACGCCAUGGCCUGCACCUCUUCGGCACCACCUCGACGUGGUUCCUCCUCGACAUCGCCUUCUACAGCCAGAACCUCUUCCAGAAGGACGUCUUCAGCGCCAUCGGGUGGAUCCCGCCGGCAAAGACCAUGAACGCCAUCGGAGAGGUCUACAAGAUCUCCAAGGCCCAAACCCUACUCGCGCUCUGCAGCACCGUGCCCGGUUACUGGUUCACCGUGUUCUUCAUCGACAUCAUCGGGCGGUUCGCCAUCCAGAUGAUGGGGUUCUUCUUCAUGACGGUGUUCAUGUUCGCCGUCGCCAUCCCCUACGAUCACUGGACGAAGAAGGAUAACCGGAUCGGGUUCGUGGUGAUGUACGGCCUCACGUUCUUCUUCGCCAACUUCGGGCCCAACGCCACGACCUUCGUGGUGCCGGCCGAGAUCUUCCCGGCGAGGCUGAGGUCGACCUGCCACGGGAUCUCGGCCGCGGCUGGGAAGGCCGGAGCCAUUGUCGGAGCUUACGGGUUUCUGUACGCCGCCCAGAGCAAGGACAAGACGAAGACGGACCACGGGUUCCCGCCGGGCAUCGGCGUCAAGAAUGCUCUCAUUGUUCUUGGGGUCAUUAAUUUUCUUGGCAUGUUAUGCACCUUAGCGGUGCCGGAGGCAAAGGGUAAGUCGUUGGAAGAGGCGUCUCAAGAAAAUAUUGAAGAAAGCAAUGAGCCACAAGGAGCUUGAGAUAUAGUAUUUGAUUGUGUAAGUAAGUUUUACUACAUGUAUACGUGUGUGUGUGUUGAUGAAUUGUUGUGAACAAUAAUAAUGUUUGUGGAUUUAAUUCUCUAGUUAAGUCGAAGGCAACCAUAUAUAUAGUGCUGGUUUCAUUAUUGAAGUUUUUCACAUUUGUAUUCUUUUUUUGUAUUGGGUUUUGGAAGAUUUUGUAAUUUGUUUCUCAUUUCAUUAUGAGAUUAGUGUACUAUAUCAAGAUUUUAUUGUUCAUUUUAUUUUAUUUUUUUGUGAGAAAA